AUGCCCAAACGUCUGAAAAAGUUAUUUCCUUCAUUUCACAGGCACAAGGAUGUUGGGAAAGCGGAAGCCCAGAUCAAUCAAGCAGAAGACCAAAAAGAUAACACGAACAUCGCUAGACCGCCGACUUACAGCCAGCCAGCAAUCCAACUACUUCAGUCAAUCGAAACCUUCCAGCCAAAAGACCUGUGGCAAGCUGCGUAUGACCAGCUCGAUGAGAAGCAGCAGCAGAUUUUGUUACGCACACAGAGCUCUCCCGAAUCAAAGGGAAAGAAAGCUGGCUCGAGAGAGCUGAUCGACGAGAUCAUCCACGUGACAAAAGUGCAAUACGAGGCGUAUCAGCAGAAGUCAGAUAAUACACUCCGGAGAACUUCGCGGAAGAUCAUCGAUGCGUUACUUUCCUAUAAGGAAAUCAUUGGUGCGGUUGCUGGACUUGACCCCACACAACAUGCAGCCAGUGCUUGGGCGGUCGUGUCGCUUGGUUUGAAAAUUACCCAAAACCACCAUGAUGCACGAAAUGCAUUGUUCGAAUCAUCGGAGUACCUGGCCGAUAUCAUUACACAAUGCGCCUUCAUCGAAAAAAGAUUCUACCUUGAUGGCGAUUCAGAUAUUCGAGGUCAUGUGGAAACCGCAAUAAUCAAACUUUAUAAGGCUAUUCUGCACUAUUCAGGACAGAUUCGGAAUUCCCAAGAGCAUGGCGUCGGAAAAAACCUCUCGGACUGUUUCACUGCCAUUACUGGGCAUCCACUUACGGAGCUCAAGACCUCAGUCGAAAAAGAAAGAGACAAUGUGCGCCGGUGGACCGAGCUUGGUGGAUACUUGCACCAUGAAAAGGAGGCAGAAAAUAUUCUUCUCAAAAUCGAUGAGCUUAGCGAAUCCCUGAAGCUUCUUUUGGAACAGUCUAGCCUUAUGCAUCUACAUGUUGUGGAGGGAGCAUUAUAUGACUCUCACAUUCAUGAACAUGAGGAUUUUUGCCUUCCAGGGACCAGAACCGAGCUUCUGUCCCGUAUUACGGAUUGGGCGAAGUCCGAUGAUAAAUUCAUUUUUUGGUUGAAUGGGAUGGCGGGAACGGGGAAGUCUACCAUUGCACGCACAGUUGCACAAGGGCAACUGGUGCCUGAAGUCUUGAGUGCCAUCAAGACUGAUCCGCGGAUUACAUCGAAGUUUCUGAGAGAUCAAUUUCACCAGCUUCUCUAUCAGCCUCUUCUGAAGCUGCAACCCGACCAAUCCACCACGAUUGUGAUCGUUAUUGACGCCUUGGAUGAAUGUGAUAGGGAUGAUGAUAUAAAACUCAUACUUCAUCUCUUCUUCAGAUUACAAGAAAUUCAGUCUGUGCGCUUGCGAGUAGUUUUGACAAGCAGACCUGAACUUCCAAUCCGUCUAGGUUUCUUGAAGGAAGACAACUAUCAGGACCUAGUUCUCCAUGAACUUCCUGCUCCAGUAAUCGAACACGAUAUUCGCGUAUUCCUAGAAUACAAGCUUUCAGCAAUACAACGCGAACACUCACUUCCCUCUGACUGGCCUGGGAAUAAAAGACUUGAGCAACUGGUGCAGAUGGCUCUACCUUUGUUCAUUUUUGCAGCCACUCUUUGCCGCUUCGUUGGGGAUGAAGACUGGUUUCCGGAAGAGCGUCUUACAGCCGUUCUUCAAGAUGAAGCAACAACAUCGACAUCAGAUAUGGAUCGGACAUAUCUACCAGUACUGCACCAACUCCUUAACGCGAAAAACAAGAAGGAUUUUGAGCGACUCUUACAAGAGUUUCAGGAUAUUAUCGGCGUGAUUGUUCUUUUGGCCGUCCCUCUCUCAGUUGUCACUCUUGCGCAAUUGACUGGGAUACCCGAGAAUAAGAUUGUCAAUCGAUUAAAGAGAUUUCACUCUGUUCUGAGUGUCCCAGCGGAUCUCGAAGCACCGGUUCGCGUUCUGCAUCUUUCAUUUCGAGACUUCUUAAUCCAUACAGAAGGUGACUUUCAUAUCAAUGAAAAGAAUACACAUCGACAAAUAGCAUUAAACUGUCUACGCGUCAUGGACACUCGGCUCAGGCACAAUAUCUGUGACCUAGCAAGUUACGGAAUACAGCGCCAGGAUAUCGACCCUCAGGUCAUCCAACAGCGCCUCCCUGCUGAUUUGCAAUACUCCUGCUGUUAUUGGGUACAUCAUCUGAAGCAGAGUCAGGGUGCUAUCCCUGAAUUUGAAAUUCUCUCUUUCCUUCAAAAGCGGUUCCUUCAUUGGUUGGAGGUACUAGCUUUAAUGGGGAAAAUAUCGGAGGCGGCAGGAAUGAUAAAGAUAUUACAGUCAAACGUAUGGAAGAAAGACGAUCCUGCUCUUUCAGGGUUUUUAUAUGAUGCAAGAAGAUUUACUCUUCAAAAUUCUUAUAUAGCUGACAUUGCUCCACUACAACUCUACUGUUCCGGGCUAGCAUUUGCACCAGCACAAAGUGUCAUCAAGGGGACAUUUCUUAGCGAAUUAUCAAAACAAAUACAGCUGCUACCAGCGGUAAUGGAUUCCUGGAGCCCAACUCUACAGACAUUAGAGGGCCAUUCAGAUCGGGUUAGAUCAGUGGCCUUCUCUCCUGAUGGGCACACUCUGGCAUCGGGCUCAGACGACCACACCAUCAAGCUCUGGGAUACGGCGACCGGCACGCAUCGGCAGACGCUAGAAGGCCAUUCAAAAUGGGUUAGAUCAGUGGCCUUCUCUCCGGAUGGACUUAUCCUAGCAUCGGGCUCGGAUGAUCACACCAUCAAGCUCUGGGAUACGGCGACCGGCACGCAGCGGCAGACGCUAGACGGCCAUUCACAUGUGGUUAAUUCGGUGGCCUUCUCUCCCGAUGGACUUACCCUAGCAUCAGGCUCGGAAGACAACACCAUUAAGCUCUGGGAUACGGCGACCGGCACACAGCGGCAGACGCUAGACGGCUAUUCACAUGUGGUUAAUUCGGUGGCCUUCUCUCCUGAUGGAUUUACCCUAGCAUCAGGCUCGGAAGACGACACCAUUAAGCUCUGGGAUACGGUGACCGGCACGCAUCGGCAGACGCUAGAGGGCCAUUCACAUGUGGUUAAUUCGGUGGUCUUCUCUCCCGAUGGACUCAUCCUAGCAUCGGGCUCGGGCGACCACACUAUCAAGCUUUGGGAUACGGUGACCGGCACGCAUCGGCAGACGCUAGAGGGCCAUUCAAGUUGGGUUAUUUCAGUGGCCUUCUCUCCCGAUGGACUCACCCUGGCAUCGGCCUCGGACGACCGCACCAUCAAGCUCUGGGAUACGGCGACCGGCACGAAUCGGCAGACGCUAGAGGGCCAUCCAAAAUGGGUUAGAUCAGUGGCCUUCUCUCCUGAUGGACUCAUCCUAGCAUCGGCCUCGGACGAUCACACAAUCAAGCUCUGGGAUCCGGCGACCAGCACGCAGCGGCAGACGGUAGAGGGCCAUUCAACUUGGGUUAGCUCAGUUGCCUUCUCUCCCGAUGGACUCACUCUAGCGUCGGGCUCGGAAGACAAGACCAUCAAGCUCUGGGAUCCAGCGACCGGCACGCAGCGGCAGACGUUAGAGGGCCAUUCAAAUUGGGUUAGUUCGGUGGCCUUCUCUCCCGAUGGGCUCACACUAGCAUCGGGCUCGGGCGACCACACCAUCAAGCUCUGGGAUCCGGCGACUGGCACGCAGCGGCAGACGCUAGAGGGCCAUUCACAUGUGGUUAAUUCGGUGGCCUUCUCUCCCGAUGGACUUAUCCUAGCAUCAGGUUCGAGUGAUAGCACCAUUAAACUCUGGGACACGGCGACCGGCACGCAGCGGCAGACGCUAGAGGGCCAUUCAAGUUGGGUUAGUUCGGUGGCCUUCUCUCCUGAUGGACUCACUCUGGCAUCGGGCUCGGAAGACCACACCAUCAAGCUCUGGGAUACGGCGACCGGCACGCAGCGGCAGACGUUAGAGGGCCAUUCAAAUUGGGCUAGUUCAGUUUCCUUCUCUCCCGAUGGACUCACCCUGGCAUCAGGCUGGGAAGACGACACCAUUAAGCUCUGGGAUACGGCGACCGGCACGCAGCGGCAGACGCUAGAGGGCCAUUCACAUAUGGUUAAUUCGGUGGCCUUUUCUCCCGAUGAACUCACGCCAGCUCUCGAAAAAGGUCUUGACGAUUGCCAGAUAUCAUUAUCGAAUAACUGGGUUAGUUUAGGAGGUGAGAAUGUACUAUGGCUCCCAGCUGAGUAUCGUUCAUUUGUAUGCAAGGCUGUCAACGAUGCCAAACUUGCCCUCGGGUAUGAGGAUGGGCGGGUCUUGGUUACAGGAUUCCUUACGCAUAUAAUAUAA